GGUUCACGUUCCUUGCUGCUGUGUCCUUCUCGGAUGCUGUAUCAUUUAUCUGAUUACCAUCAGAGGAAAGCCUCCACAACCCAAUAUGUAACUCUCCUAACACUACCUGCAUUACAUGUGUGGCCAUAAACAGGAAACUUCAAGAAUUUUAACUCUUAAAAAUAUCUGACUCAGGCUUAAAAAAAAAACACUAUGUGAAAUGUAUAUGUAAUUGUAGAAUGUAAAGUCCUUCUCAAGAUGUAAAAAUUACCUGAAACAAAACCAAGGACAUAACUUUGGUGUCCUCAAAGGUAGCUGCAGCCAUGCUUCCUGGAGGUCAUUUAAUGUAAAAAUCUUACAUAUAGCAUUUUUAGCUGCUCUACCCACAGCCAGGUGAAGAUUAGGGCCUCUGUUCCAUACCAUCAUAUUAAUUUUCAUUCUACAUUCUACAUGUCUAUAUGUCUAGGGCUGCAACUAACAGUCAUUUUUAUUAUCGAUUAAUCUGUCGAUUAUUUUCUCGAUUAAUCGAUUAGUUGUUUGGUCUAUAAAAUGUCAGAAAAUGGUGAUAAAUGUCGAUCAGUGUUUCCCAAACACACAGGUAGAGAAGACAGCAAAACAAAGUAAAAUGUUGAUGCACUACUCGUGCACAAAGUAAUCUCGAGAACAUUUGCGAUGCUUCACGCUCAGGUGAAAUCUGAAUCCUGUGUUCUAACAGUCUGUGACAGUCCUGUUAUUAUUUGGCCAAACAAAGGUGUUUAUGCAACACCUGAAGAAAUAGCUCCAAAUACACUGUGUGAAGAUAUACAUCAGUGGAUACAGACAGAAGAACAAGAGAGUGCUGGCAAGAGGUCAGCAAAAAAGAAAAGCAAAAAAGGUCCAGCAGCGAGUGUCAUUAACCUUCGCCUGAUGAUGGAGGUGACAAAGACCGGACCUCUUUCAGCCCCGAUCCUCAGCCGGACAAUCCAGAAAUCUCACUUCCUGUCUACAACUCUUCCCAUGGACUGUGUCGUCCGUACCACCUGCAAUGACACAAUCAAAGAUGCCUUUGAGCGCCUGUUGGAGGCGCUAACUCAUCAACUUUGUGAGAUGGAGAAAGUGACCCUGCAGCACAUGAAGGGGACCACGCUGCUGGUACCUGAGCCGCUCCACUUCCUCCUUCCAGAGCCAAAAGGACUAGUGACCGUGGUUUACCCAGCAGGAGUGCCUGACAGCCAACUAGAGACACAACGCAAGGAAUUGCAUCAACAGUUUGAGCUACCAGAUGACUGGCCCUAUUUUAGAAGAGCCAAUGCUUACCACUUUCCCAAUGAGCCCUACAAAGAUGGUUAUCUCCGAAACCCCCAUCUGGUCCUCGCACAUCCCACCCUAGACAAUGGAAAGGUGUACUUGGUCCAGGGCAUCUACAGCUAUCACCACUACAUGCAGGACCACAUGGAUGACAAUGGCUGGGGCUGUGCUUAUCGCUCCCUGCAGACCAUCUGCUCCUGGUUCCAGCAGCAAGGCUACGUAGAGCGGCCUGUGCCCACUCAUAAGGAGAUCCAACAGGCUUUAGUGGAUGUUGGAGACAAACAGGCGUCCUUUGUUGGGUCACGCCAGUGGAUCGGAUCCAUCGAGGUUCAGGCUGUUCUGAACCAGCUGCUUGGGGUCACUUCCAAGAUCAUGUUUGUGAGUCAAGGUUCUGAGUUGGCAUCCAAAGGCAGAGAACUGGCCAACCACUUCCUUACUGAAGGGACUCCUAUCAUGAUUGGAGGGGGAGUUUUAGCUCACACUAUUCUAGGUGUGGCAUGGAGUGAGAUCACCGGGCAGAUCCGCUAUCUCAUCCUAGAUCCACAUUACACAGGAGCAGAGGAUUUACAGGUUAUCACAGACAAGGGCUGGUGUGGCUGGAAGGGACCAGAUUUUUGGGAUCAAACUGCGUAUUAUAAUCUGUGUCUGCCUCAGAAGCCAAAGAUCAUCUGAGCUCUCACAGCCUUUCACAUGGAAAUCAUGUGGCAUUGGUAAAGCAUCUGCAAAACUUUGUGACAGUUUAACUUGUUUCUUUUAUAGAAAUGUCUCCAACAUUGCAAAUCUGAGUAACUUCUGUAAUGAUGUUAAAUUCUUGAAAUUCACUCUUACGGUUUUGGUCAAGUCCUACUUAAAUUAUUGUCUUGUGUUAUAGACUGUUGGUCAGAUAAAACAAGAAAUGUGAAGACAUCAUUGUGGGCUUUGGGAAAUUAUUAUGGGACUUUUUAACUAUUUUCUGACAUUUUAUGGACGGUAAAAUAACCGUUAGUUGGAGCCCUAUUACAGACAACCAAAUAAUACGGGCCCUAUACAUCAACUGGACAAAAUGUCUGUGGUUUUUCAUGGACACCUACAUUAAAGAAUUAUUGUUUUCUAUUAAUUUGUAAACCUGAAUUAUGAGAAGUGAAGAUAAAUCUAUACUCAUUCUUAUGCAUUCUGUAAUAUAUAUAUUUGCUAGUGAAUAAAUUACAGUGAAGUUACACUAAUCCUCA